AUGGAGGUCAAUAUCAAGCAGCAUGACAAAGUUGCUCUUCAAGCAGCCUUGCAUCUUGAGGAGUGUAAGAAGGCAGUAGAGGAUUUCCGACAGCAACUUGAAGUUGCCAAGAAGAAUGCAGAAUUAAUUGCCAGGAUCACUCCAGAACUAGAGAAGAUGCCCACUACAAUUGAAGAACUGGAGGCUGCUAUACAGGAAAAUAUUUCUCAAGCUAAUUCUAUUCUUUUCCUAAAUCACAAUAUUCUGAAAGAAUAUGAAGACCGCCAGCGCCAGAUAGAAGAUAAGGCAAAAAAGUUGGAAGCAGAUAAAGCAGAGCUUAGGGGAUGUAUAGCUGAAGUAGAUAAUCUUAAGGAAACUUGGCUUCCAACAUUAAGAAACCUUGUUGCUCAGAUAAAUGAGACUUUCAGUUGGAACUUCCAAGAAAUGGCUGUUGCAGGGGAAGUUUCAUUGGAUGAGCAUGAAAUGGACUUCGAUCAAUUUGGGAUACUUAUAAAAGUAAAAUUCAGACAAGCAGGGCAGCUACAAGUUCUCAGUGCCCACCAUCAAUCUGGAGGGGAGCGUUCAGUUUCAACUAUACUUUAUCUUGUUUCUCUUCAAGACCUUACAAAUUGCCCAUUUAGGGUGGUUGAUGAGAUAAAUCAAGGGAUGGAUCCUAUAAAUGAGAGAAAGAUGUUCCAGCAAUUAGUAAGAGCAGCAUCCCAACCAAAUACACCACAAUGCUUCUUGCUUACCCCAAAGUUGCUACCAGAUCUGGAUUACAGUGAAGCAUGCAGCAUUUUGAACAUAAUGAAUGGCCCCUGGAUCAAGCAGCCAGCAAAAGGUGAAAACAUCACUCGAGAGUUAACAUCUGGAGCCAGGGUGAUUGCUGGGGAAAUGUCAUAG